CCGCAUCCGCAUCCCACUCCCCCGAAAAGACUCGUUGUGCAGGGAGCAGUAGCAGCAGCAGCAGCAGCAGGCAGUCAGUUAGGUCCCUCUUUCCAUCGUUACCUUGACUCGGUACGCUCCCCGUCCCUCACAUCCUCUUCCACCACCCCCACCACCACCGUCACCCUAUUCGCUGGUUGCUGUGCCCAUCCAGACUCUAUAAUACAGAGCAACCCCACUCCUGAGGACUCCUCUACCGCCUCCCCACUACCUCCACCACCCGACCACUGUCACCAUGACUACCCUCUUCAACAAGGACGCCCUUCAAGGUCGUAUGCUCUUUGCCAUUCCCAAAAAAGGUCGCCUCUAUGAAAAAUGUCUCGAGCUUCUCUCAGGUGCCGAUAUUCAAUUCCGUCGUCAAAAUCGUCUGGAUGUAGCCCUGGUCAUGAACCACCCAAUGGCACUCGUAUUCCUCCCUGCAGCCGAUAUUCCUCGAUUUGUAGGAGAAGGAAAUGUAGACUUGGGAAUUACUGGACAAGACAUGGUCGUCGAGAGUGGAUUGGCGGAUUUGGUAGCAGAGGAAAUGGAACUUGGAUUUGGCAAGUGUAAACUUCAAGUACAGGUUCCCGAGGUAGAUGAAGAAUUACAGACGGUAGAGGCUCUAGUGGGGAAAAAGGUGGCUACGAGUUUUGAUGUGCUUAGUCGAAAGUACUUUGGUGAUUUGGAUGCACAGGUUAAUGAGAAGAGGAGGAGAGAGGCACAGGCUCAGGGUAGAGAGGUGGAAUUGCUAGAGACUAAAAUCGAGUACGUGGGAGGAUCGGUAGAGGCGGCUUGUGCGCUGGGAGUUGCAGAUGGUAUUGUCGACCUAGUCGAGUCAGGAGAGACAAUGCGAGCCUGUGGUCUCCACGCAAUCGCCACUCUACUCUCCUCUCAAGCCGUCCUAAUCCGUCCCGUCACCCCACACGCUCGCUCCAACCAAGCCCUGAUCAAGCUCAUCGUCUCCCGUAUCCGUGGAGUAAUGGCUGCAGCCCAAUACGUUCUAUGCCAAUACAAUAUCCAUCGAUCUAACUUGGAUGCGGCAUUGGCUAUUACUCCUGGAAGGAGGGCAGCAACGGUCAGUCCUUUGGAAGAUGAUGGAUGGAGCGCAGUUAGUGCAAUGGUCAAGAAGAGUGAAGUGGCCACGGUCAUGGAUCGAUUGGAAGAAGUGGGAGGAAAGGACAUCUUUACAUUGGCAUUGGACAAUUGCCGAACAUGAGAGAGUGUGGGUUCUCACCUGUCACCGAUAG